AGGUGUAAAACCUUCGUUUUAUGUGUCUCCGCCAACCAGUUUGUGAAUGUUUUACUCUGCUCUGAACUCAAGUUGUGUUCUUCGAUACUUGACGACGUAAUGAAGGGACACCGGUGGCGAGAUGUGUACGGAUGUGUUGAACUCCAUCUGGGCACCAGUUGAUGAUGAUGGCAGAGGGAGGUUUUCAUUUCCCAGACACAUGACACAGAGACGCAAUUUACCAUACACAAUAUUAUCAUAAUUCUCCAAUCCAUUAUAUGCAUAACAACAAGCUUAAUAGAAGAGAGACACAUUCUCUGUCAAAUUGGAGGGAAUAAUUAUCAAUGAAUUAUGAAAAGGAGGUCAACCUCCUUAUUUGGUUUCAGUGAGGUUUCAAUUGAGUGGACACAGGUCUGAAAAGCGCUACAUAAAUUCAGUCCAUUUACCAUGGACUGAAUUUGACCUCAUCGAGAUUGUCAUGGUUGCAUAACAUUAAUUUCCAUUUAAUUUAAGGCAAUACCUCAUCGAGGUUGUCAUGGUUGCUUAACAUUAAUUUAUUGAUCUGCUUGGAUGUACUAAGGAUGCACACGUGAUGUAAGAGAGAACCUUGUACCUAGACUGUGUGCAUAUCAAAUUAGUCUUCAUGCAGUUCCAGUACUCAUUUCGGUAGCUGUUGGAUGUAAAGGAUUUUCUGUGGCAUGCUGACUACACAACUAAUGGAUAAACCAGAGAUUCCCCACAUUGUCCAAACAAACAAUGGCGGCAAGGAGUUACGUGUCACGAACAUCGACACGCAAAAGAGGCAGCCAAUCACAGCAUGUUUGAUGAACGCAGCCUUCAUCAGUGCCCUUGGGUCUUCUUAUCUCUACGGAUACAACCUGUCCGUAGUCAACGCUCCAGCCAUGUUUAUAAAAUCCAUGUACAACCGGACAUGGAUGGAGAGGUACGGCCAGCCUGCCAGCACAGAGACGGUCACCCUGCUGUGGUCGUCCACUGUCUCCAUAUUUGCCAUUGGGGGCCUCUUGGGAACACUUUGUGUCUCUUCUAUGGUGAAAGCCCUGGGGAGGAAGGGCACCUUGCUGCUGAACAACUGCUUUGCGGUAAUAGCGGCGGUGCUCCUCUCCCUGGGGGAGACGGCAGGCUCUUUUGAAAUGCUCCUCGUGGGUCGGCUCAUCAUGGGAGUGGACUCUGGUAUCGCUCUUUGCGCUCUGCCAAUGUACCUUGGAGAAAUUUCCCCAAGGAAUAUAAGAGGAUCCAUUGGUCAGUUCAAUUCCAUCCUCAUCUGCCUGGGAGUGUUCACUGGACAAGUGCUGGGUCUUCCACAGCUGCUGGGGCAGGAGUCCAAAUGGCCCUUCCUGUUUGCCUUCCUGGCGGUUCCUGCUUUGAUUCAGCUGUGUGUGCUGCCGUUCUUCCCAGAGAGUCCUCGCUACCUGCUGAUGGAGAGGAGGGAUGAAGCUGCCGCAGAAAAAGCGUUCCAGCGGUUCCUUGGAAAGAAGGAUGUGUCCAAGGAGCUGGAGGAGGUGUACGCGGAGGGCCACGCCCAGAGCAACCUGCAGGUCGUGUCGGUUCCCCAGCUGAUCCGGAACCCGGCCGUCCGCUGGCAGCUCAUCACCGUCAUCAUCACCAUGGCUUGUUACCAGCUCUGUGGCCUCAACGCUAUCUGGUACUACACCAACGGGAUCCUGGCGGAGGCUGGCUUCGCAGGAAACAUCAUCCCUUACAUCACGCUGAGCACAGGCGCUGUGGAAACGCUGGCAGCCAUUGUCUCGGGCCUUGUCAUCGAACGAAUUGGGAGGAGACCACUCCUGAUAUUUGGCUUCUCAACAAUGGCGGUGUGCUUUGGUUUUCUAACGGUCUUCCUUAAUCUGCAGGACAGAGUAUCAUGGUUUCCCUACCUCAGUUACGUCUGUAUACUGGCUGUAAUUGCCUGCUUUUGCUCUGGACCCGGUGGGAUUCCGUUCGUCCUGACCGGGGAGCUUUUUGAGCAGUCCUACCGGCCGGCUGCCUUCAUGAUUGCUGGUCUCGUAAAUUGGUUAUCCAAUUUUGCUGUGGGCCUUUUGUUCCCGUUUAUUCAAGCUGCGCUGCAGACGUACGCCUUCCUGGUGUUUGCGGGUGUCUGCAUCCUGGGCGCCGCUUACCUUUACGCCGUGCUCCCCGAGACCAAGAACAAGACCUUUGUGGAAAUCAGCCGAAGCUUCGCCAAGAUCAACAAGGUGCCGGUCCAGAGUCCUGGAGACGCGCGGGAGCUGGAGCUGCAAGGGGAGCUGUCCCUCGCCAUUCAGCCUGGACAGGGGUCCCCCAAAGGCAAAGUCACGGAGAUGGAGAGCUCCUUCUAGCCUAAAGGAGCGAUACGGCCUAACAGACUUGGACAUGGUUCUAAAACAUCUAUUGAGGAUGUGCAAUGCACCGUAGGUUCUAAUUUAACAUUUUGUGUCAGUAUUUUACUGUGGGCCGGCUGAACCUGAUUCCUGUAGAUGCUGCUUCGUCACGCGGAGACGUGGCUGCGUUACUCGCAGUGGGGUUCAGUCGGAGGGUAUGUCGGCCAAUCGCUCUAUCCUCAGCCAUAAGUAUCAGAUAUUAGUCUGGUUCCCUAGAACAACAACCCAGGUGUUCUGUGCCAGAAUAACUGCAUUUUUGCAAUGUUCCCAUGCCAAGAAAUCAGUAUUUUAGUAAGACGACACACCAAUUUCUUUGCCGGUCAACAGCCUCAUAAGUCCAGAAUGCCGUGCGGUUUUGCAGGCUGAGGGCGGGACCAUGAUAUCCGCCAGCUGCCCAGGAAAGGCUGCAGUCUAAUAGUCUUAUUUGCCAAGGAAGCUUCCUAAGUGGUAGCCAUGAUAAGAGCUGUUCAAAUUCUCUAAACGCUAAGGAAAGGUGCCUCCGUGCUUCUUUUCUUAUCUCCUUCAGCUUAGGGUUCAAUGGACCUACCCUUAUGAAGCGAAAGGAGAUAAUGCUGUCCCACAAUUCCUGCUGCAGCAAUAUUUAAAGCGAUGACAAAGACAAUUCUUUUCAUAAAUCGUCUUUUAUAAAUGUACUAUUGACAGAAGGUUGCCUCUUGAUGGGGGGGGGGGAGUCCUAACUGGUUUUAAUAGCAAACUGAAGCAGAUCAGGGGAAGCCUGACACGACAGCAAGUGUCAAGUUGCAAAUUGCAUUUCAUUAAUUAAUGACUUUUUAGAAGCGUUGGGAUAUACAGUAUGUUUGUAUACAAUUGAUGUAAUACAUCAUAAAAAAAUAGACAUAAUAAACUAGUGCUUAUAUGAUCCACCUUUGUAAAAAAACUUU